AUCAACGAUCAACACGACACCAGUCAGAUAACUUUAGGGUCAACGAUAUUUGCAGAUUUGACUAGAGGGCCACAAUGACAAAAGAGGUCCUCCUGAACACUCUGGAUGAACUUGGAGAAGAGGAAUUUAAGUGCUUCAAGUGGUUCCUUAAAGAUGAACGUCUGAAAGACUCUUCAAAAAUCCCGAAGAACAAGCUGGUGAACGCAAAGACGUGGGACACAGUGGAUCUGAUGAUCCAGACCUACACACUUCCUGGAGCUGUGGAGGUGACCAAGCAGAUUCUAAAGAAGAGCCAAAGGAAUGAUUUGCUACAGAGUUUGUUGGACACCGGCUCGGGACCACAAGUGAAUGUCAGUCAUGUUGAAGAAACUCCUCAGAACAGAGGACCUGCCUCUCAUCAGACUGAAGACAUGAUGGUUCCAAUACCAGAGCCACAACCCAUCACAUAUUACCAACACAUGCUUCAAUCACACUUUCAGGACAAGUUCAUAUGUAUACAAGAAGGAUGGAUGCAGAAGAAGGAACGUCUGGAUGAUAUCUACACAGAGCUGUACAUCACCGCUGGGGCUGACAUAAGCAUAAACACACAGCAUGAGGUCAUGCAGAUUGAGGCAGUGUUGAAGCCAGCAGAAACAGAGAAACCAAUUAGACCUACUGACAUGUUCAAACCCCCCUCUGGAAAAUACAGACCCAUAAGAACAGUACUGACCAGUGGAAUCGCAGGAAUUGGCAAAACAUUUCUUGUGAGCAAGUUUGUGUUGGACUGGGCUGAAAAAAAAUCCAAUCAAGAUAUGCAUCUGAUUUUUCCCUUCACCUUCCGCCAGCUGAAUUUAUGGGCAGGGGAAAAGUUAUGUUUGACAGAACUCAUUCAUAAUUGCAUCAGGGAAACCAGAGAAAUCAAGGAAGAAGCUCUUAACUACAUUUUUGAAACUCUGCAGUCAUCAGGAAACACCAACUAUGACAAAAGUAAAUUCAAACUUCUGUUUGUUUUGGAUGGACUGGAUGAGAGCCGUCUUCAUCUGGACUGCUCUACCUGGGAAAAUCAGCCAGUAAACUUCAAUGUGACAGAUUCCACCUCAGUGGAUGUGCUACUGACAAACCUCAUCAAAAGGAACCUGCUACCCUCUGCUCGCCUCUGGAUAACCACACGACCUGCAGCAGCCAAUCAAAUCCCUCGAGAGUUUGUCGACAGCAUGACAGAGGUUAGAGGGUUCACUGACCCACAGAAGGAGGAGUACUUCAGGAAGAGAUGCAGAGAUGAGGAGCAGGCCAGCAGAAUCAUCUCCCACAUCAAGACAUCACGAAGCCUCCACAUCAUGUGCCACAUCCCAGUCUUCUGCUGGAUCACUGCUACAGUUCUGGAGGAGGUGUUGAAGACCAGAGAGGGAGGAGAGCUGCCCAGGACCCUGACUGAGAUGUACACAGAAUUCUUGGUGUUUCAGAUUGAUCAGACAAAAAAGAAAUACGGCCCAGAAAAGUGCAUUCAGUACAUUAAGUCAUUAGCAAAACUGGCUUUCCACCAGCUGGAAAAGGGCAACCUGAUCUUCUACGAAUCAGACCUGAAAGAGAGCGGCAUUAAUGUCAGUGGAGCCUCGGUGUGCUCAGGAGUCUUCACAGAGAUCUUUAAAGAGGAACGUGGGAAGAAGAAGGAUGAAGCAGACAAGAUGUUUAGCUUUAUCCAUCUGAGUGUUCAGGAGUUUUUGGCAGCUUUGUAUGUAGAGAAGGCACUCAUUAACAAAAACAAGAAUGUCAUGUCUGAGCCAGGGCAAACCUUUGGCAAGCAUGUGCGAAUGGUUUUCAGCAAAACAUCUGUGUCAGAGGUCCACAGGUUCGCUAUUGACAAGGCCUUGCAGAGUCCAAAUGGACACCUGGACUUGUUCCUCCGCUUCCUCAUGGGACUUUCUCUGCAGACCAAUCAGACUCUCCUACGAGACCUACUGAAAAAGAAAAGAAGCUCAGAGACCAAUCAGGAAACAAUUGAGUACAUCAAGAAGAAGAUCAGUGAGAAUCUGUCUGCAGAAAGAAGCAUCAAUCUGUUCCACUGUCUGAAUGAACUGAAUGAUUGUUCUCUAGUGGAGCAGAUCCGACAGUACCUGAGUUCAGGAAGUCUCUCCACAGAUAAACUGUCUCCUGCUCAGUGGUCAGCUCUGGGCUUCAUCUUACUGUCAUCAGAAAAAUAUCUGGACUUGUUUGAUUUGAAGAAAUACUCUGCUUCAGAGGAGGCUCUUCUGAGGCUGCUGCCAGUGGUCAAAGCUUCCAACAAAGCUCUGCUGAGUGGCUGUAAUCUAUCAGAGCGAAGCUGUGAAGCUCUGUCCUCAGUUCUCAGCCUCAAGUCAUCUAGUCUGAGAGCACUGGACCUGAGUAACAACAAACUGAAGGAUUCAGGAGCGAAGCUGCUCUCUGCUGGACUGGAGAGUCCACACUGCACACUGGAGACUCUCAGGCUGAGUGGCUGUUAUCUGUCAGAGAGAAGCUGUAAAGCUCUGUCCUCCGUUCUCAGCUCCCAGUCCUCUAGUCUGAGAGAGCUUGACCUGAGUAACAACGACCUACAGGAUUCAGCAGUAAAGGUGCUCUCUGCUGGACUGGAGUGCCCACACACUACACUGGAGACUCUCAGAGUGGAACGUGGUGAAGGGAUGAGAUCUGGUCUGAGCAAGUAUACCUGUGAACUCACACUGGACACAAACACAGCACACAGAAAGCUCAAACUGUCUGACAAUAGACCAGAAACGACAGCAGUGACAGAGGAGCAGCCAUAUCCUGAUCAUCCAGAGAGGUUUGAUGUCUGCUGGCAGCCUCUGUGUAGAAAUGGUCUGACUGGUCGCUGUUAA